AUGUCCGAAAUUUCAAAUAAAAAAUUUAAAUUUGAAUUUAAAUCUUCUAUUUCUUUUUGGAGUGACACAAAUAAAGAUAAUUUUGAAAAAGAUUUACAAAUAGCAGAAAGCGAAUUGUCAUUCACAUCAGCUGAAAUUAAUUCAAAAACCGAAUCUUUUAAACCAUCUAACAUUAAAUUUAUUAUUCGCGACAUUUUUAAAUCUGAAGAUAGUAUCACAUUGUAUGGUGAUGAUGUAGUUUGCACUGUUGAUGGCGAAUGGUGCUCGAUAGAUUUCGAAAUUAAUACUAAAAUAACCGUAAUGAGCUGCUUAUGCUGCGACAAAGAUUUACAAAAAAUUAUAAAAGACAGUUAUAUACACGUAUAUGUAAAUGAUGAAGAAAAUUAUCUUUUUAUUGAAGAUGAUCUUCUUACAAUAACCAAUCUUGUGUCUAGUAUUCGAUGUAUUAAUAAUCCAUAUCUUAACGGUAAAAUAGCUGACAUAGGAUUCACUUUUAAUGAUAAAUGUUUGGUAAAUGGGAUUAUUUUACAUGAAAUAAUGGAAGAUUGUAUCUUAAACCAGAAUUUUAAACUAUCCUACAUAACAAAAAGCAUUAGUGCUGGAAUUAAAAAAAAUCUUAUGAAUAUUUACUGCUGUAAUACCAGUGAAAAAGUAGUUAGAGAUGAUAUAACUUCUUUAAUAGGCAAUAUUAUAUCAUUUAAUAAACAAAAUUUAGUUUUUAAUGAAUGUGAAAAGCGCAUUGCUUCCCUUUCAAUGAACUUAAAAGGGAAUGUCGAUGCUGUAGGUUUAGAAAAUAAUAUUGUUUUAGAAAUUAAGAGCGGAAAAUCUAUGGAUAUUUCUCAUAAAGCACAAGUAAUUCUUUACAGUCUUAUUCUUAAGGAGAAAUAUAGGACUAAUUUUCAAUCUUAUCUUUUUUACAUAACUGCUAAUAAUUUUGUCAAUGUAGAUAUUAAACAUUCUGAAGUUAAGUCUCUAAUGAUUCUUCGUAAUAAAUUGGCUAUGCACAAUAGUAUUACUAAUUGUAGCUGCUGUGAAUAUGAUCCAUGUAGAAUUAUACAAAAAAUUCUUAAUCUGUCUGAUUCUCAUUGGUUAAAAAAAAUGUGGAAUGCGUUAGAAAAGGAAGAAAGCUUUAGAUUAAAAGAAACAUGGCAUUUAGUUAAAUUUAAAAAGCAAUGCAAUCAAAUUGUAGUCUUUGCUUAUGAUAGUAAAAAUAUUGUAGUAGAUGAUAUUUAUGUAAAUAUCUACACCGAAGAUUUAGUAAAGCUAUGUAAAGGUAUUAUAAACGAGAUGGAUAGCAUUUUUCUACACGUUUCACUUAGUGAAAAAAUUAAUUUAGAAAAAAAUAAUAAUUAUUAUAUUAGUUUUGGAAAUAGUGAUGUGUUUUUUAAAUUUAUGAGAUAUAGUUUAAUAUACAUUGCCUAUUUUAGAUAUUUACAAAAAAAUAAAACAGGCGGAUUUUUUUUGCCUGAUGAAGAUAAAGGAUUUUUUGAAGAAGAAGAUUCGUUUGAAUAUUUUAGCAGUGACGAGAUAGAAACUUCUAAGGUUGCUAUGGGUGAUAGUGUUGUAGAAAAAAAUAAUAAUACGAUUGUUAAAAAUAAUGUUAACACUGCAAAUAAAACUCGAGAUUGUUGUUUAAAUAAACAUUCGUUUGAUGACACAUGUACAAAUAAAUAUGACGAAAUCGAAAAAGAUUUGAAAAAAAAGUAUACUGAAAAUCUUGCAAGCUCGUCACUCGACUCUGGCAUAUUUUCAUCAUUAGAUAGACAGAUAAAUCACGUUAUAGAUGAUCAAAAAAAAUUAUCCUUAGAAACCAAUUCAUCAUCCUUUGCUUAUUUUACUCCGUUGCCACCCGAACCAAAGAGAUACAAAUAUCAAAUUCCUGAAAUUUAUAUGUCAAAAUUUUUACGUUUAAAUGAAAAUCAGAAGGCUGCAUUAUAUUCCGCACUGAAUUGCGAAAAUUAUAAAAUAGUGCAUGGCAUGCCGGGAACUGGAAAAAGCAGUGUUAUUGUUUUGUUAAUUAAGAUUUUAGUAUAUUUAAAUAAAAAGGUUCUACUGGUUUGUUACACAAAUCUUGCUAUAACAAAUAUAUUAAGUAGAUUAAAAACUAUACGUAGCUACCGAGCAUGUAAAGAAAAUAUUAACUUUUCUAGUGUGCAAGAAAUAAAAACUUAUUUUCGAAAUGUCGAUCUUGUAGCAAGCACUUGCUUUGGAUUUCGAGAUCCAAUAUUUUUAGAACGAUCGUUUGAUUAUUGUAUCAUAGAUGAGGGAUCACAACAACAUCUUCUUUUAACUCUUAUUCCUAUUUCUCUUUGUCAAAAAUUUGUUAUUUUUGGGGAUCAUUUGCAAUUAAAACCUUUAUCUAAAUCUUGUACGGAUCUUAAUAUGUCUUUAUUCGAAUAUUUACUUGAUGUUAAUCAUUCAGAAUUGACUAUUCAGUACAGAAUGGGCCCAAAUAUUAUGCGUUUGUCAAAUGAACUUUUUUAUGAUGGCAAGCUUCAACUAGGUAGAUCUAUAGAAGAUUCCGUUUGUUUUAUAGAUUCUUCUACUAUAGAAUAUUCUAAAUUUAUAAAGGAUGUAUAUGAUACAACUAUUCUGUGUUAUUUUAAUUCACAAGUUAAAAUAACGAAAGAAUUAACUGAUUGUCAAGUAGAAACCGUUGAUAGAUUUCAGGGUUCUGAAGCCAAUAAUAUUAUUGUUGUUUUUGAUCCUGUAGUAAAAUGCGAUGUUAUUGAGUCUAAAGAAAGAUUAAAUGUGGCACUUACACGAGCAAAAAGGAGUCUUAUUUUAAUAGGCGAUUUGACAAAGAUGAAAGAUAUUUAUAUUAUUAAUAGAUUAUUACAAAUUUUAAAUAUUGUGUAA